GAGCUGCUGUGGCCGGGGGCUCUGCCAGGGCCACCUCGGAGGUUUCUGAGGAUCCCACGACGGUUUGCUGCGGGUGCUGCUCCAUCCCACAGCCAUGUCCUGCUACGAUCUGUGCCGUCCCUGUGGCCCAACCCCUCUGGCCAACAGCUGCAACGAGCCCUGUGUCAGGCAGUGCCAGGACUCCCGUGUGGUGAUCCAGCCCUCUCCUGUGGUGGUGACCCUGCCUGGACCCAUCCUCAGCUCCUUCCCCCAGAACACCGCCGUGGGUUCAUCUGCAUCUGCUGCUGUUGGCAACAUCCUGAGUGAGGAUGGAGUUCCCAUCAACUCUGGGGGCUUCAACCUCUCUUGCCUUGGUGGUCGCUAUGGCAGGAGGUGCCUGCCCUGCUAGAGCUGGGCUGUGAGUCCAGUGAUGCCUGGAGCAG